GAAGGGCUGAUGCUAGUUUUCUGAAAGGAGAAAGUGCUCCUAACAUUAGAUUAGAUCCUCUACCAUGCUCCUCUGUCUCUGAGCUUCCCAAUGAAGAUGUUGAUUGUGUUGUUGAUGAAUGUGCUAGUGUUCAGUGCCUCUGUUGUGUCCGCAAAGCAUAG